UGCACGCGAUUAUAUUUAUAGUCUAUUUGGCCUGAUGCAAUCGUUGAACGGAUCACAUCAAACAAUCAAUCACUCUACCGGCAGACGUACGAUCGAAUACCUCAAGUCGUGUAAAAAUGUUGCUGGACAGCGGAGAAGAACACAGAAUUAAUGAAAGUGUUUGCACAUCUGUUCGUAUCCAAACUAGGUCAGGACCUACGCGCAGUAUUUAGCGCACAAAUGUCAUCAAUCUCUUUCGCUGCACCGAACCGUAAACCUUUUCAUUUGUGAAUUCGUUCUACUGUACUGUGGCAUCACUUCAAACAUAGUUGGCUAUUCGUCCAUCAGUUGCUAGCGCUCUGCGGUUAACGCCAAAAUCCGCGUAGGCCUCCGACAGUUCGUGGAAAACCGGAGCCGUUCCUCAAUGCCACCACGAUUGCUGCCGCCUUCUUGCCGUACAGUUUUUAUGUUCUGUCUCGCCGCAUGCCGCGUGAUGGAUACAGCCCAUGGAAAAAUUCUUGGAAAUAACGUUGCUCUCAUUUACGACGAUGGGUUCGACCUAGCCCGACCGAGCAGUCACAUCGAGUUAUGGAUGACCAACGUCCUUGAUGAUGCCCGACACAUCCGAUGUCCAUCAUCAAUUAGCUUCGCGAUGUUCCGGAUGUCAUCGAAGUUGGAUACGAUUACCGACAUUGUACAACACGUACAAGCCGGAGGUCGGAUGUUAUUCGACGGGAUGGUGUUAGCGGUAACACAAUGUCGGGUCGCUGAUGUCCUCGAACCCAUACUGUCGUCAACGACGCCGCGUCUGAGGCUGGAUUUCAUAGCCUGCCCAUAUGAAGCAGCUGGACUGGAAAUUGAACGUUUGGAACUUUACCGUCUCAAUGCAAGUGGUUAUUAUAUGCUGACAUCACCGCAUGUUCAUUGUCAUUAUCCAAUUUUUCCAUUGAAUUACUCCACUCAAACGACAAUCUGUAAAGGAGGCCACCCGAGAUUCUUGCGGAAUGUACGCGCUCCACAAGUGGCUGGAACAUCGCAUCUGUUCUUGGUCAAUGGAGGCCGACACCCGGCGACUGUUACUGGACAAUGAGGCACCAUUCAAGCAAGAGAUUUACAUUCAUUACGCUUCGUUUGUGGGUUUUCAAACGACUAUUUCUUGGUUUUCUUUAUUUGACUUCUUCACGGAACGCAGCGUGAGCAGGGAGCUGCAAGACUGUUCCAGUUUAGAUGAUCUUCAGUGGAUUCGAUCUAUGCGGCCAAUCAGCCUCGACGUUACCGAUAGUGCCAGAAUGCAACAGCGGAAAGGAAACGUGUUGCGGUUAGCUUCGCUGGAACGGCCGCCAUUUGUGAUUUUCGAACGCCACUCGAAUGGAACAAUAAGCGGAUUUAAAGGAUAUUGCUACGAAAUCAUCCAUGCCCUUCAAAAAAUCUACAAUUUCACUUACGAAGUCGACCAGCCCAAGGAUAACACUUACGGGACAGUUAUGCCGAAUGGCAGUUGGAACGGGAUGAUUGGAAUGAUUAAAGAACAAGUUAUCGACAUUGGCGUUGGUCCUUUUUCCGUCACCUACUCCAGAUUUAAAGCCGUCGACUUCACGGUGGCGUUCUUUGAAGAACCCACUGGCAUUCUGAUUCCUCCACCGGCGGAAGAUAACCGUUUAUUGGCCUGCACAAAACCUUUCCGUUUGGAGGUAUGGCUUUCUCUUUUGCUGUGUACAACUACACUGCCUAUAGUCCUCUGGAAAGACUUGCAAAUUAUGUGGAAAACCUAUCAAAAAGCUACAACCACAUACAACGAAAACUCAAAAGAGGAGAAUCAUUUCCAGGAAAAAUGUCCAACUUUAGCGCAGCAAUACUUCUUUGUUCUUGGAGUUCUAAUUGGACAAUCUGGACAAAAGUUGCCUUCGUUGGGAUGUUCACCUCGUUUACUUGGAGCAUUUUGGUGUUUGAGUGCAGUUGUGUUUGCCAGCGCUUAUGUUGGCAUACUCGUUGGUUUUCUGAGUAUCCCGAGAUUGUCGCCCAUCAUCAGCUCGCUGGAAGAACUGCCGGCAUCAAAACUCGAAUGGGGAGUACAACGAGGAACGGCACUCGAAACUCUCUUCACCGAAGCGACGACAGGAGUUUACAAAACUAUUGGAGAUGGCCUGUUGAGGCAGCCAACAGCUUUGGUUGACGUUAACACACAUGGAAUUCAACGUGUGACCAAUGGAAGCUAUGCUUUCAUAAAAGAAAAGUCAUAUCUCGAGUUUGCUGUGGAGGAGGAUUAUGCUCGCUCGGGGAGCUGCCGCCUUAGUAUAGCCAAGCAAGAGUUCUUCAAAGUGAAUUUCGCCCUUGCUCUACCUACAGCUAGUCCUCUUAAAACAAUUUUGGAUAAAAAGAUUUUGCAGCUGAUGGAAACGGGUCUUGGCGAAUAUUGGAAAAAAAUUCACUGGCCACGAUCGAACAGGAAAUGCGACGGCGUGAAAGGCUCCAGCGCCCCAAAGAGUCUUGGUUUGGCAGAUUUGCAAGGCGCUUUUCUCAUUCUAGCCAUAGGAUUCGGAACUGCUUCACUCAUAUUUGUUGCAGAAGGUCUUGUCAAGGUAUUUCGUUAACUUUAUCACGCUUCGUGCCAAUCGUAUUGUUAGUGGUCGUCUUUAGAAAUCACUGUAGAGUUCGAGAACUAUU